CUAUGCACAAUCUCUCCCCUGACCUUGGACCCUGCUUCACGAGCGUCAAUCACAGAAGGAGACACUUCGGAGAUUGAACUAACUUCACAUACACGAAAGGUAGGGGUUUAGCUAUUACUUCUUCCACGGUAUUGGAAAACCUAACCUUACGUUCGUCGAGCUGGGUGGUGUUAGUCCGCCUUAAUCAACAAUUGGAGUUAUGGAUUCUUCAGAUACAGAGCUUUUUCCUGCCAUUCAGGAGGUUUUGCUGGAGUUUCGUGCUGGUAAAAUGCAUAUGGAAGGAACACGUGUUGUUGCUGAUCCACGUAAAGGACUUGUUCGAAUUGGAAGAGGAGAAGAAGGAUUAGUUCAUAUUCAGUGGCUUGAUCGGAGUAGUAACACCAUUGAAGAUGAUCAAAUUGUUUUCCCUGAAGAGGCAGUUUUUGAGAAGGUUGGGCAAGCUUCCGGAAGGGUCUACAUAUUAAAGUUUCAGACAGAUGAUCGCAAGUGUUUCUUCUGGAUGCAGGAGCCCAGAGCUGAUGAAGAUGAAGAGCUGUGUAAAUCAGUCAACUUAUACCUCAAUCAACCAAUAGAUUUCCCUACUGAAGAAGAAGAAAACACUCUUGGUGAAGAUAUCUCAUCAAGGGCUGGAGAUUUAGUUGGACCAAGUACAGGUGCAGAAUUAAUUAGUGAUGUGUCCUCUUCAGGACCUGUUAAAUUGUCAGAUCUUCAAAGAAUAUUAAGUAAUAUUGGACCUUCAGGUGAGGCAGCAGAUCCUGAUGGAGGUUUAGGAUUGGGUGAUAUCUUGAAGCCUGAACUUAUAUUACCAUUGAUGGAGAAUUUAUCAUUGGAACAAGUGGCAUCCCAUUUGCCUGAGGGGCAAUGGAGUCCAGAAGAAUUAAUGGAGCUGCUACAAAGCCCUCCUUUCCGCCAACAAGUAGAUUCUUUCACUUAUGUGCUCAAGACUGGUCAAAUAGAUUUGACUCAAUUUGGAGUUGACCCGAGUAAAUAUAAGUUCACAGUGCUGUCUUUUCUUGAGGCUCUUGAAGAUUCUGUUGCUAAAACAUCUAAUUCCGAUGAGCCAAUGCAAGAUGCUGAGGAAUCUUGAUCAAGUAGCUGGUAGACUCAUUUGCAUAACAGAUAUUGAUUCAAAAGAUUACAGAUUUGUGUUUGUGGAUAUUGCAAGUGUUUUGUAUUUUGAGUUUAUAGACAUCUCGUGUACACAAAAAUUAGUAGAAGUUUUUAAGUUAUUUCGUUUUUAA